GGGCGGCGCUGCCCCCCCCCCGCCUCCUGACCCCCGUGGUCACUGCACUUGUGGGGCAGCCCCGCCCCCCCCCGACCCCCGAGGUCACGCUCAGCUUCCAGUACCGCCCCCCGGCCCGGGGUCGCCCCCUUUGUGCCUUCUGGGACCCGGGGUCACUGUCCUGGAGCCGCCGCGGGUGCCGGGAGCUGGAGCCCCCCCCCCGGAGCCCCCCCCGGCAGAGUCACGUGUGCCUGCAGUCACCUGACCAGCUUCGCUGUGCUGCUGGCCAUGGGGGAGCUGGAGGAUCACUGGCUGCUGGACGCGGUGACGCGCGCGGCGCUGGCGCUGUCGGUGCUGGCGCUGGCGGCAGCCGCGGUCACGUUCGCGCUGGUUCGGGCGCUCCGGGGGCUGCGGAACUCGGUGCACCUGCAGCUGAGCCUGAGCCUGCUGGUGGCACACGCGGCCUUCCUGCUGGGCAUGGAGCCAAGCCACGGACAGGCCUCCUGCGUGGCUGUGGCUGUUGUGCUUCACUUCUCCCUGCUGGCCGCGUUCAGCUGGAUGCUGCUGGAGGGUCUGUUGCUGCUGGUGCUGCUGGUGCUGGUGUUUGUGCCGGCCUGGCUGCGCCUGCGCCACCUCCUGCUGCUGGGCUAUGGGCUCCCGGCGCUCACCGUGGCCACCGCGGCUGCCGCCAACCCUGGAGGCUACGGCACCGCCAGAUAUUGCUGGCUCUCUCUGGAGCGAGGUUUCCGCUGGAGCUUCCAGGGACCCGUUUGUGUCAUCAUCGCGGUUAAUGCUGUUGUCCUGGUUAUCACCUUCUGGAAGCUGGUGCAGAAAUUCAAUGACAUCAACCCCAACAUGGGGCACCUGCAGAAGAUGAGCCCCAGGUCCGCGCCGCCUACCGGUCCUGGCUGUGCCGCUCCCCGGGGCGACCCCCUGGAGGUCACCAGCAGCAGCAGCAACACCGGAAACACCCGCGUUUCCCGCAACCAACUGUAAUGGAGCACAGGAUUUGGGGGGGGCUCCUCCCCCCCCC